AUGUGCACCGAAUCUAAACUCAUCCAUACGGAAUUAGAGAUCAGCGAGGCCGAUGCUACCGGAGCAAUAGGAAAAGACGGCUGCGGCAAAGAAGUCAAUGGCCCUGUUCCUGAUGAUCAUUCACGCCUACUGGAGAACAUGCCGUCUCAAUUCAACGACGUAUACCACCUGAUGCCGGAUUUCGCCCCUACAGCGAUCAAAUUACCGGCGUUGCGAAACAUUCUCUGCAGACACAAUAUCGUCUACAACGGAAAGGAGACCAAGGCAGAUCUAGUCAAUCUCUUCAACAAGUACAUCAAGCCUAAAGCGGCCGCGAUUUUAGCUGCAAUUGAAGCCGUUGAGAGACCAGAAGAGGACAUUGUGGAUGUUAGAUAA